AUGGGUCAGACACUGUCAGAGCCCGUUGUCGAGAAGACUUCGGAGAAGGGUGAGGAUGAGCGCCUCAUCUACGGUGUAUCGGCUAUGCAGGGCUGGCGUAUCAGCAUGGAGGAUGCCCACACUACAGUCCUCGACCUCGACACGGCCAAAACUCACGACAGCAAGCUGUCAUUCUUUGGUGUCUUCGACGGCCACGGUGGUGACAAGGUGGCGUUGUUUACCGGACAAAACAUUCACAACAUCAUCUUCAAGCAGGACACCUUCAAGUCGGGCGACUAUGCUCAGGGCUUGAAGGAUGGUUUCCUUGCGACAGACCGCGCCAUUCUCAACGACCCCAAGUACGAAGAAGAAGUUUCUGGCUGCACAGCCUGUGUCAGCUUGAUUGCCGGCAACAAACUCUAUGUUGCCAACGCUGGUGAUUCAAGAGGUGUACUUGGUAUCAAGGGCCGUGCCAAGCCUUUGUCACAGGACCACAAGCCCCAACUCGAGAACGAGAAGAACCGAAUCACAGCUGCUGGUGGUUUCGUCGACUUUGGCCGAGUGAACGGCAACCUUGCUCUCUCUCGUGCCAUUGGUGAUUUUGAAUUCAAGAAGAGCGCUGAACUAUCUCCCGAGAACCAGAUUGUCACUGCCUACCCCGAUGUAGAGCAACAUGAUCUCACAGACGAGGACGAGUUCCUUGUCCUUGCUUGCGACGGUAUCUGGGAUUGCCAAUCCUCCCAAGCCGUGGUUGAGUUCGUUCGACGAGGCAUCGCUGCCAAGCAGGAACUCGAAAAGAUUUGCGAGAACAUGAUGGACAACUGCCUGGCCUCCAACUCUGAGACCGGUGGUGUUGGUUGCGACAACAUGACCAUGUGCAUCAUUGGCUUCCUCAACGGAAAGACCAAGGAGGAGUGGUACGAGGAGAUCGCCCGCCGAGUCGCUAACGGCGAUGGCCCAUGUGCUCCCCCCGAGUACGCCGAGUUCCGAGGACCUGGUGUCCACCAUAAUUUCGAAGAUAGCGACAGUGGCUAUGAGAUGGAUCCUGAAAACAAGGGACGAAGUUUUGGAGUUGAUGAUACAGAAAUGUUUGACAACGCCGACGAAGACAAAGACCUCGCCAGCCAGGUCUCCAAGAACCCGAAGUCCGCCGAGAAGGACACUGCUCCUGUAACCGCCCCCGGUGCGGCCGAGAACGCUUCCGCCGAUACGAAAUCCGCCGAUACCGAUAAGGACGUAAAGACCGAAGUGAAGAAGGAGGAAUCUGCCGAGGUGAAGAAGGCAUAG